AUGGAGCGGGGGCCGCCGGCGGGGGCCCGCGUGCGGGCGGCGCUGGGCUGCGUGGUCAGGGCGCUGCUCUGGGCGGCCUGCGCCCUGCUGCACUGGGGGAGCGAGCAGGCCGCCCGCCUCCUGGGCAGCCCCUGCCUGCGGCGCCUCUACCACGCCUGGCUGGCCGCCGUGGUCAUCUUCGGGCCCCUGCUGCAGUUCCACGUCAACUCCCGCACCGUCUUCGCCAGCCACGGCAACUUCUUCAACAUAAAGUUCGUGAACUCGGCGUGGGGCUGGACCUGCACCUUCCUGGGGGGCUUCGUGCUGCUGGUGGUGUUCCUGGCCACCCGGCGGGUGGCGGUCACCGCCAGGCACCUCAGCCGCCUGGUGGUGGGGGCGGCGGUGUGGCGGGGGGCCGGCCGGGCCUUCCUGCUCAUCGAGGACCUGACGGGCUCCUGCUUCGAGCCUCUGCCCCAGGGCCUCCUGCUCCACGAGCUGCCCGACCGGCGGAGCUGCCUGGCGGCCGGGCACCAGUGGCGGGGCUACACGGUCUCCUCCCACACCUUCCUGCUCACCUUCUGCUGCCUGCUCAUGGCCGAGGAGGCCGCCGUGUUCGCCAAGUACCUGGCCCACGGGCUGCCCGCGGGCGCGCCCCUGCGCCUGGUCUUCCUGCUCAACGUGCUGCUGCUGGGCCUCUGGAACUUCCUCCUGCUCUGCACCGUCGUCUACUUCCACCAGUACACGCACAAGGUGGUGGGCGCCGCCGUGGGCACCUUCGCCUGGUACCUCACCUACGGCAGCUGGUACCACCAGCCCUGGUCGCCCGGGAGCCCGGGCCACGGGCUCUUCCCGCGCCCCCGCCCGGGCCGCAAGCACAACUGACACAAAUAAAGGCUCCGAAGGCCUGGCCCUGC